UGUACGCGUGUCCAACAAAAAGCGCCGCGGUAAACAAAUAAUAUAUAUCAACAAGAUGCUACAGCCAAUAAUGCACGUGUUGAAUGCGAAAAAAAUCGUGUUAGCCAGCGGUUCACCUAGACGAAAACAAAUCCUUGAAAAUAUUGGUUUGAAAUUCGAAGUGAUUCCCUCAUUAUUCGAAGAAAAUCUGGACAAAACCAAAUUUGAACAUGUUUACGAUUUUGUGAAAGAAACAGCAAGGAAAAAAGUGUUAGACGUUGCCAUGAGAAUGGGAAAACAAAAGACAUGCUCUGACCUGUACAUUGGAGCAGACACUGUUGUUACCAUGGACAACCAGAUUUAUGAAAAACCUACAAGUGUGGAAAAUGCGUUUGAAACUUUAUCUAAAUUUAGUGGACGAUAUCACACAGUAUACACAGGUGUUGUUCUGCUGAGGCCUAAAGCAGAUGGCUGUUUAACCUCAGAGGAAGGCUAUCAUAUGUCACAAUUCCAUGAAACCACAGAGGUUUUGAUGACAGACAUGACACCAGAAGUGAUCCAGGCGUACAUUGACACUGGAGAACCCAUGGACAAGGCCGGUGGGUACGGGAUACAGGCUUUAGGGUCUACCUUGGUGGAAGGAAUUAAGGGAGAUUAUUUCAAUGUGAUGGGAUUUCCAGUGUUCAGAUUUGCCAAGGAACUUGUCAGCUUGUAUGGACAGCCUAACAAAGAGACAUAGUUACCCUGGAGGUCAGGUAGUGACUUGUUACCAUUGAGGUAUGGCAAUCCGGCUAUUCUAUGAUGUGUGGAUCACCAUGACCUCUGUCAGAUACAGCAGGGAGCCCUGACAGCACCUUGUGGGCCCUGAUGAACAAGUGUCUACACAGACCAGUGAAGAGAGUGUGAUAGCAUCCUACCAAUCUCUUACUGGUAAUCCCUGAUAAUCUUAAUUUAUCCAGUUUUUAGCACUUCCAUUUUAUCACUCAUUUGACACUUUCAUCAUUACAACUGCCAAUUAGCUACAGAAAAGGAAAGCAAGCUAAAAAGAUGUAAGAAAAAUUGCUGAUUGUUUCUGAAAUGCAUUUUCAUGAUGAGAGACCUUGAUUAUACAUAUACAUGCCUACAAACUGCUUGGUAUUAAUGUUAAAGCGGUUUUUAAACCUCAUAAAGCUCUUUAAAAAAAUUUUUUUUUAAAAAUAUGUAAUGUUUUCAUUGAUGCAUUCUUACCACAUUGUGAGAAUAAGCCUACUUAACUACAUUCAAGAAUAUUUCACUUAUACAUGUACGAUGGCGACCAGCAUUAUGGUGGAAGGAAACCGGGCAGAGUCGGGGGAAACCUACAACCAUCCACAGGUCGCUGACAGAGAGGCCAAAGAUGAUGCCCUUGAACUCACAGCGACCACAUUGGUGAGAGGCUCUUCAGUCUUUGUGCCGGGCCGGCGCAUUAACCACAGAGGCUCCGUCUGAUUUUUAGUUUUGGGCAGAUUUUUACUUGUACAUGUAUGUACCUUAAUAGAGGAGUUUUGAGUUCGAACUCUUUUGUCAUCAAUAGUGAAAUCAGUCCUACUGUGUCAUGUUAAUUGUGAAAAUGUUAGGCAACCUUUGCUGACAUUAAUUUACUAAUCACCUGUCUCACCCUUUCCCAGAGGCACAAAUGACGCCUCUCUCCUUUAGGAACUUCUCAAGUUCACAAUCAUUGAUUCUCAAUCUUCUCUUUCAUUUCUCCACUUUAAAUUACUUUUUAUGACACUUUUUUCAGACACCCAUGUUAUAGCAAAAAUAACUAUCUUUUAAUAGCUAACAUUUUUGACAGGUUGCACAAUACAGUUGGACUUUUUCUACCUUCAGCGAUAAAAGAGUUCGAACUCCAAACUCCUCUAUUCUUCAACCUUUUCUAUCACUUCUGCAACCAAUAUUUUGAACGUUUUGAGAGAAUUGUGGGUUGUAGAGAAAAAAUGUGCACAGCUUUAUGAAGCUUGCAUCUUUAAUGACACAGACAAAUCAUUUUAGCUUCAUUUUAAUAAAUGUGUGUAUGAACUCCUCUGAAAAAGAUUUACAGUGUUAUCCUGCGUAUUUAUGCAUUUUAUUACUUUCCUCAACAUGAGUUCAGAUAGCAUUUGCUUGUAACAUAGUUGCAUGUCAAAAAGUCUUGUUUUUCUCCAUGUACAUGUAUAAGUAAAAGGUUGCAAAGCAUCCAUGUGAUGGCUUUUUUCUAUUCAUUUUGUUUUAUAUCUCACCUGUACAAUGUACAAGCAUAACUAAUGUUGUACCUGAGCAUCAGGGUCUAAUAACGUUCAGAGCAAUGUUCAGGUAAAUGUGCAAUCUUAAAAAGUAUGUAUUGAGGUCAGAGUUUGCACACGCGUAGAGCACAAUAACGCGAGGGUGAUGUGCCAUCAUUGAUGAACUGUAUGCAUAUUAAUUACCUCAACUGACAAAAUUUACCGCUUACGUCAUUGUGGAUUAGAAUUGGUGUUAAAGGAGAAGAAAACUUAAAAGCAUGACACUAUAGGCUGAAAAGAGCACAUUUUUUUUCUAUCUGGUGGUGCCUGCUGCAUAAUUUUGAAAUUUUUCCUCGCCAUACACGUAAAGCCUAAAAUGGCAAAGCUGGCAUAAAUCGCUGAGUUGAUCGCGUCCUCCAUCUUUAACACCCUGUAAUUUAUGCUGGGGGUGUGUUGCCUCUCAGCCAAUGAGAGUCUUUAAAACUGUCGGCUUGUUCGCGUAAACUCGGAACCUACUUCCAACAUUCCAGU